AUGGCGGGCAGCAACAUCGCGAGCGGCUUCGUGCGCAAGCUGUACUUGCUCCUGGACCACGAGAGCCCCGAGAUCAUUGCGUGGAACGAGGAUGGCACCAAGUUCUCGAUCCUCGACCGCGAGCGGCUCGAUGCGACCGUCCUGCCCAAGUACUUUCGCGGGAAGCUCGCGGCCUUCCACCAGCAGCUGCUCGAUCAUGGCUUCCACUGGGAAAGCGAGGCGAACGAUGUCGAGACGUAUACGCAUGCGAGCUUUGUGCGUGGUGUGCCAGGCUUGCUCGACAUGAUCGUGCGCACGCCGCAGCCCAAGUGCAAGACCUUCCCCAAGCUCAAGAGGGCCAAGAAGGAGCGCCGGAAGCAGCUCGAGCCGUACGCAAAAAAGGCGCCGCCGCCGCCAUCGAGCCUCCAGGUCGAGCCGGGCAGCCACGAAGAGCUCGUGUGGAAAGCGAUCAACCACUUUAUGUACUCGACGGACAAGAGCCCGCUCUUCGCGUCGGCCGCGAACGCGACGCUCCUCGAGACGCCAGGCUUUACGCCGUCGAUGGUGCAGCUCGUGCCCGAUCCGAUUCCGCCCGUCGUCAAGGGCGUCAACCCUCUCUUCCAGACAACGACCACGACGCCCAACCCGCUCUUCCAGACAACGCCCAAGAACCCUCUUUUCGACACGGCGCCAGCAAAAAACCCUCUUUUUGAAAAGUCGCCGAGUGGAAACCCGCUUUUUGACAAGACGCCGAGCACAAACCCCCUUUUUCAAACCUCGUCGCCGUCCAAGAACCCCCUUUUUCAAAAGUCGUCGUCGACCUCGAGCAAUCCACUCUUCCAAAAGUCAACAAGCACCGCCAGCAGCAGCAGUAGCAGCGGCAGCAGCCGACCGGCCGCGACGAACCCGCUCUUCGCCGCCAGCCCGCUCUUCGGCGCGCCCAAGCCAGCGGCCGCUGCGCCUGCAUCGUUGUUUGCGACGCCGGCGCUCUUCCAGACGACGGCGACCGCCGGGCCAGGUAACGAGUGGCAGCACCUGGUGUCGUCUUCCGUCGACCGCUUCAUGCAGAGCACGGACAAGUUCUCGUCGGCCGAAGAUACCUUCAAGUUUAUCAUGGAAGAGCGGUCGCGCAUUGCGACCGAGAAGGAGAAGCUCGAGGCGGCACCGGACGAGCUCUUUCCGAACCUUGGGAAUGCGCCGGACGCGCUCUUGACAUUUCUCAUGGGCUCGUCCGUCGACUUGCUCCAGCGCAGCGUCGACACGUUUGAGCAUCACCUGACGCAGCUCGACAUGAGCGACUCGCACGACGACGACGAUGACGACGACUUUGAUCUUGUGGACGACGAGACGUCGUAGCGUCCCAAGUCCAGUUAUAA